UGCCGAGCGGGGCGGUGCCGAGCGGUGCCGAGGCGAGCCGAGCGGUGCCGAGUGGUGCCGAGCGGUGCCGGGCGGUGCCGAGCGGUGCCGGUCGGGCGGGGCGGGGCGCGGAACGGGCCAUGGCGGCGGCGGCGGCGGGCGAGGCGGCGGGGGCGGCGUUCAGCACCGCGAACAGCGGCCGGGUGAACGGGCUGAGCCGCCCGCCCGGCGCCAUCGCCAUGAAGGACCACGACGCCAUCAAGCUGUUCGUGGGGCAGAUUCCGCGCAACCUGGAGGAGAGCGACCUCAAGCCGCUCUUCGAGGAGUUCGGCCGCAUCUACGAGCUCACCGUGCUCAAGGAUCGCUUCACCGGCAUGCACAAAGGCUGUGCCUUUCUCACCUACUGCGCCCGCGACUCCGCGCUGAAGGCACAGAGUGCCCUGCACGAGCAGAAGACACUGCCAGGGAUGAACCGCCCCAUCCAGGUGAAGCCGGCCGACAGCGAGGGCCGAGGAGAAGACAGGAAGCUCUUUGUGGGCAUGCUGGGGAAGCAGCAGAGCGAGGACGACGUCCGCCGCCUCUUUGAGCCCUUCGGCCAGAUUGAGGAAUGCACCAUCCUCCGAGGGCCUGAUGGAGCCAGCAAAGGUUGUGCCUUUGUGAAGUACGGCAGCCACGCCGAGGCACAGGCUGCCAUCAACAGCCUGCAUGGCAGCCAAACUAUGCCGGGCGCCUCCUCCAGCCUGGUGGUGAAGUUUGCAGACACGGAUAAGGAGAGGACCCUGCGGCGGAUGCAUCAGAUGGCGGGGCAGCUGGGCAUCUUCAACCCCAUGACCAUCCAGUUCGGUGCCUACGGGGCCUACACGCAAGCGAUCAUGCAGCAGCAGGCAGCCCUGAUGGCGGCCGCGCAGGGCACCUGCCUCAACCCCAUGGCUGCCAUCGCUGCCGCCCAGAUGCAACAAAUGGCCGCCUUCAAUGUCAGCGGGCUGGUGGCUGCUCCCCUCACUCCCUCUUCAGGUACAAGCACCCCUCCGGGGAUCAGCACGGCGCCGGUGCCCAGCAUUGCCACGCCCAUUGGGGUGAACGGCUUCAGCCCGCUGCCGCCCCAGACCAACGGGCAGCCCGCCUCCGAGACCAUCUACACCAAUGGCAUCCACCCCUACCCAGCUCAAAGCCCCACGGUGGCAGACCCCCUCCAGCAGGCCUACGCCGGCAUGCAGCACUAUGCAGCAGCAUAUCCCACUGCCUACGCUCCCAUCAGCCAAGCCUUUCCCCAGCAAGCGCCCCUCAUCCCGCAGCAGCAGAGAGAAGGUCCCGAGGGCUGUAACCUGUUUAUUUAUCACCUGCCCCAGGAGUUCGGGGACGCGGAGCUCACGCAGAUGUUUUUGCCUUUCGGCAACGUCAUCUCUGCCAAAGUCUUUGUGGACCGUGCCACCAACCAGAGUAAAUGCUUUGGUUUCGUCAGUUUUGACAAUCCGACGAGUGCUCAGGCGGCCAUUCAGGCCAUGAAUGGCUUCCAGAUCGGCAUGAAGAGGCUAAAAGUGCAGCUAAAGCGGCCGAAAGACGCCAACAGACCCUACUGACCCCAGCUCAGCCUGCGGAGAGGUCGGACGUCCCGCAGUGUCUGACGACUUUCCCCUUCCCCAAGUGCAGUAUCCAAACCCGUAACUCUCUUUCUUUGCAACACACCCCGGAGGAGGAAAAGGAGGAGGAGGAGGAGGUGAAGGAGAAAACGGCAAAGAAGAGAGCGUUUUGGUCGUAGCUUUUCCUUUUUGAAUUUUUUCCCAAACUGGUCUUGUUUGUUGUUUAACGGGAAUGAGAGGAAGACAAGGAAGGAGGGGAGCGAUGCGGUGCCGGGGCUGCCAUUCGCCGCCGGCCGCUCGCCGGGACUCACCGGAUCCCUCACUGGGAGCAAGGCUGAUGGCUCCGGGCAGCCGGGCCACGAUCUACCUUUGUUUUUUGGGUUUUUUUUUAAAGCACUCAUUUGCUGCUACCGAUUUCCCAGGAGAAACGAGGAAAAGAGGCUCCAAAUGGAUUCUUAAACCAAAGCCGGUGGGACGGGACCAGCCUCGGGCGCUUCACCUGGAGGAUGUUUGUUUGGAUGAUAAAGAAAAA